AAUUGAUCGACAAUAAUGGAAACCAUACUCAGCCGUGAUCAGAGGACUACGUCCCAUCGGGUCCUUGACCGUGCCACGCAGAGCUACGCACUAAACUCAACAUUGCCGCCUAAAUGCCAGGACGACAUCGUUGCGAAUAGUCGUUCCAUCGGAGCAACAACGACUAAUUGUGCUAAAAAAUGCUUGCCAUGCGAUUUGUGUUACAUGACGGUGUCUUGCAACAACCGAAGAGUACGGCUUCGUAGCACAUCCGUGAUACGAUUAAUGGUACCCACGUGGCUAUGCUUCUACUUCUGGUUAAGCAUAUUUGCGGUUGUACUAGCGGCACCAGUGCACAAUAAUUCAACAAUGGAUGAUUGCUGUAAGGAUGGGAACGUAAUAACUGAAUAUAUUCUCGCAAAAUUGAAGACGCCUAGGAAAUGGGAGGACCCUUGUGGCAAUACUGUUGUCCAUAACACUGAUAUCCAAAAUACUGAUAGCCAAAACAUUGAUAGCCAGGCAGAGAGUGUAAUUAUCGCACAACUCAUAGACGGUAUAAUCAUCGUAACGCGCAAUGCAUUGACCCAUGCAACCAUGUUUCGGCAGCGUUUUAUCGAAGAGAAUUUAAUGAAAAAGUACGAUCCCACUAAUUUACCGCUUGACACCUGGAAAUACCACUGGCUGCCUAAAAUACCUAAGGAAAUUGGAGAAAAAUUAAGUGACGAGUAUCUCAACACUAUAAACUUUGAUAAGGCUAUCAUUGAAUCGUAUAAUUAUAUGCAAAAAUAUGCGAUGGCUCUGGAACAGACGGUUUGGGACCAGGAAAGCUUGCACCUCGGUUUUUAUGAUGAAUUCAGGAGAAGCGAAUUCAAUAUCCGAAAUAUUCUUUGUGAGUUGCAUAAUGCUAUAACGGUGCGCCCAUUAACGACACCGAAACCUGUCCAGCGAUCAGAAAUGCCUGACGCUUAUCGAGUAGAAUCUUUCAGAAGAAACGAAACAGCACGUAACGUACGGGACUGGGUAUGCUAUCGUGACUAUAUGAACUGUCUCGAAUAUAUGGAGCAAAUAUUUUAUCAUCUGCGCUUGCAAUAUAAACUUAUUUCUGAAAAUGAUGAAAAAAUUGGAAAAGGGUUAUCAGACGACGAUUCCUCAUCUCUUAUCUUGGAAAAUUGAUGCAACGGUGAUUGGAUAUUUUGUUAUUCUAAGAAAGAAAGAGGAUGGCAGAAUCGAUUGAUAUUGUCGCGGGAUAUCCCAUACGAUUGACACAGUCAAUAUAUAUAUAUAUAUAUAUAUGUUCACCAUCCAUUUUCUCCCUAACGGUAUGGCAUAAUAUGCAUCAGAUAGAAUAGCAUGAAGGAAAAAAGAAAAAAAAAAUUUUAAAUUGCGUGAUUAUUGGUCUAUUGCUUUCACAGUUCACCAUCACAUGCAUGCAUAUACAUAAUUACACAUAUAUCGUUUUGUGCGAAAAUACACCACAAUGCAUUUGUAUAUUUGAUUUCACGCGCAAAAAAGAAAUUAGAUGUGAUAAGUCCAACAAUUCGAUCGUGCAACGUUUAACACAAAUGUAUCUUGAGAUUACUACAUAUCACAAUUAUCUAAUAUUUUAACGUGAUAUCUCUAUGCUCAAUACAUUUUCUUAUUAUUUUAAUAACGUUGAACACGAUCACAGUUUAAUUUUAGUUUUUAAAUACUUAAAGAUUUGAGACUCCUCACGAUACAUCUCUAUACGAACAAUAUUGCAAAAAUUACCUGCCUUUACCUAUUCUACACACGAUAUACAUAAGAUAAAAACACUCGAAAAAAUCACGAAAAAUAUUAUGAAACAAUCUCAAGUCGAUUUAUCUAGUAUAAUUAUUUGUGUGAUGUUUUAUUUAGAGAAUGUCAGUUUGAAGAUGUGGACACUAUCUAUGCUCAAUGCUUAAAAGCAACAAGUGAAAUGAGCAGAGAAAAUUAGUUUAGUAGAAAAAAAUUCAUAUGCGCUGUAGGUUUAUAAUCAAACACAGUAUUUUCGAUCUCUCGUGUGAUCAACGAACAUAGAAAAUUGCGUGUAUAAAUUGUACUGUGCACGCGACAAUAAUUUUACAUUAUUAGAAAGAUUUCUUUGCAGCAAUUCGUGCCUCAUAAUCUUAUAUAAUAAUUUAUUGAUUAACUAUAAUAUUAGUAUAUCUAUAUUUAUUCAGAUUAUUUAUUUUAUUUUUAUAAAGAUUUUACACACUUUGAUUAAUUGUAUUUAAAGUAUCUAGUUGAGCUUAAAAGUGCCUAGUGUAUAAAAGAAAGAAGGAUAUAUCACAAUUAAAAUUCUGUGCGCACACAUUUUGCCCUCCGCGUGUGCACGGAGUUUUAUUAUCAUGAUAUCACUAUCAUAGUGCAAAAGGAAAAAAAUGCAUCGACUCGACAAAGGCUACACUAUUUGUCGCGCUGUUGCUAUUGCUUCCUUUUAUCGAUAUAUCUUUGCAGAUUAUAAGGACUCUCUCAAAGAAAUGAGGCUCGUUAAUUUUGCAUUUUUGAUUACAUUUCGCAAUUAUUUCACUCACAAUAAGAUCCUUCUAGUAUUACGUUUUAUUUUAUACUAUCCUAUUUAAAAAGUAUAUACUUUAUGUAUAAUACUUUUACAUGAUCUUUUUUAUAUCAACAUUGAUUUUUUUGUUUUUAUUUUAAUAAAACAUGAGGCUGUUGAAGACUAUUAGCAACACAACGUAUCAGAAGAGAAUUUGUCGUCAAUAUAAUAUGAUUUGUCAUCAAUAUAAAUUUAUAAUUUCAUUCAUACAUAGAUCAAUAUUUUGCCGUUUUAUGUGUAUUUUAUAUGUAUAAUUAUCAACAUCUAUUUUAUAGAUUCAUACAACAUAUAUUUUUGUAUUUGUCUAAUAUAUUAUCAUUUAUAUAAUUUCAAAUAAAAAAAGUCAUAUUUUGAUACGUCCUAUGCUGAUAAUCUUCAAAAUUAAUGUCAGAAGAAUUUUUUUGGUACUUACG